AUGUAUAACCCGUACCAGCAACAGGGCAUGGGCUACCAGCAGCAGCAGCAGCAACCGACGGGGUUCUACCCGCAACAGCAGCAAGGCCAACCCGCAAAUCAAGCCCAGGGCCAGCCCCAACCACAGCAGCAAAUGGGGUUUAACCAACCUCAGGCCACUGGAUUUAGUGCCUUGCAGCAAAACUUUGGCAACUCCUUCGCUGAUACGCCACAGCAGGCACAAACUGGUUACAACAAUAACGGUAAUAACGGCAAUGUGUAUGGCAACAACAGUUUUGGCCAACAGCCUCAACAGCAACAACAGCAACAACAGCAAGUGCAACCGCAACACACGGGAUACGCUCCCAAUGCAAACAUGAGUGCUGGUGUGCCUAUGAUCAACACUCCGGGCUCAAUGCCGCCACCUCAUCCGGCCCAACAACCUCAGUUACAAUCCAUGCAGCCUCAAGGUACAGGCUACUAUCAGCAAGUCAAUGCGGCAAAUGCGCAACCUUUACAAUCUCAAGGAACAGGUUACUAUGUGUCUACACCGAAUUUGGUUUCUUCUAACCAGGCUCAGCAACCUCUUCAAGCUCAGGGUACUGGUUACUUCCAAUCCCAGCCCCAACAAGCCCCCCCUCCUCCUCCGCGAGCUCAGCCUUUGCAACCUUUGAAGCCACAGCAAACUGGGUUUUACGUUCAGCCUCAAAAUCAAACUCCCUUAGAGCCAUUGAAGCCCACUGCAACUGGGUUUGUUAACUCAUUUGCCAAUAAUGGUUUAAACAAUGACAUCAAGAUCCCUGCUAUGAGGUUGUCCUUUAUCACUGCACAGGAUCAGGCCAAGUUCGAGACUUUGUUCAGAUCAAUUGUCACCAACGGUUCCAAUACUGUUAAUGGCGCUAACUGCAGAAAAAUUUUGAUGAGAUCCGGUUUACCACCAUCCCAACUGGCAAAAAUAUGGACUCUCUGUGAUACAUCAAGAGCGGGUGAAUUAUUGUUCCCUGAAUUUGCAUUGGCCAUGCAUUUGAUCAACGAUGUCCUGCAAGGUGAUUCUAUUCCUUAUGAACUAGACUCCAAGACAAAGAACGAGGUUUCAAGUUUCAUUGACGCCAUCAAUCUAAGUAUUGCAAACCAAGAUUUUGUGGCCAAAGAUGCUCCAAAAACUCCUUUUGACGAAUUCAUUACCGCAGGCGUGCAGAAUUUGCAACCCCAACCAACAGGUUUCAUGCCUCAAACUAGUUUUGGCAUUCCCUUACAAUCUCAAAUGACUGGUGGUGCCCCCAUGUUGAAUCCUCAAUCUACUGGAAUGAUGGCACCCACUACGUUCAAUAUGUCAAUGAACACCGGCGCCCCAGGAUUGACCACUCAAAUAACGGGUGGAGCGCCCAUCCCUAUGCAGCCUACCAUUACUGGUAACGCUUUACAACCUCAAGUCACUGGCAUGAUGCCACAAACUUCGUUUGGUGUUAACUUAGGACCACAGCUAACUGGUGGCGCCUUGCAAUCUCAAUAUACUGGAGGAUAUGGUUCUGUAAUGCCUCAACAGCCCAAUAAUGCAACUAUGCCCAGCUUAUCUUUUAACCAACAAGGAAUUCAGUCUCAGGCAACAGGGUUACAACCUCAACCAACUGGCUUCCUGCCACCAUCCAAUUUCAACGCUACCAUGCCACUAACCGCUCAAAAAACAGGGUUUGGGAAUAAUGAAAUUUAUACACAAUCAAAUUUCGGUAGUAAUUUAAUCGAUAACUCAAGCCAAGAGAAAAUUUCGAGUGAAGAAAAAUCUUUAUUCUAUAAAAUUUUUGAAACGUUUGAUACCCAAAACAGAGGUCUAUUGGAUUCUCCCACCGCUGUGGAAAUUUUUAGAAAAUCUGGUUUAAACCGCGCUGAUUUGGAAUUGAUCUGGAACCUAUGUGAUAUAAACAACACUGGCCAAUUGAACAAACAAGAAUUUGCACUAGGUAUGCAUUUGGUUUAUGGUAAAUUAAGCGGAAAACCCAUCCCUAGUAGAUUACCUGCAAGUUUGAUCCCUUCAAGCACAAAACUUUUGGAUAAUCUCAAAAACCAAUUAAAGACUGAACCAGGCACUGCAAAAGAAAGGCCUUCAUUCGGGAAAACUGAUGCCUUGAGUUACAAGAAUAAUGAUGAAGAUGAUGUUUUGCCAAACUACAGAAAUCGUAGAAAGGUUUACUCUGCAAAGAAUGAAGAACAGUCCUCUUCUUCUUUGACUGAUAAAGUAGAGAAGCACAUUAGUACUUCUCAAAGUAAUGAUUUUUCAGAAGACAAACUAGUCAAAAAGCAGCCAGUUAAACCAAAGUAUGCUGGGUACUCAAGAGAUAUUAACUUGAAGAGUAUUGCCGCACUGGAAUAUGAAAUCAAAAAUAGUAAGAGUCUAAAAACCUCUUAUGAUAGUUCUAUUCCAUCUGAUUUGACAAACCGUUUUGACACCAUUAUUGCUAAACUUCCAAACUUAUUCAAUGAAAUUUCCACAAUUGACAACGAAAUUACUAAUGCGAAAAUCCAGUUGUAUAGGAAAAAGAAUCCAUCGUCAAUAGUUGGAUCCGGUCCGAAUGGUGAGAUAACCGAAAACGACAGGAAGAAAGCUAAGAGUAGAGCUUUGUUGAGAGCAAGAAUGUCUGCUUUAACCGGUAAAUCUACAGGACCCGAUGAUUCAAUUUCCAUUGAAGAUGAUCAACAAAGCACUGAAAUCAAUAAAAUUCAGCAAGAAAAUGGUAAGAACCAAGAAAUUAUCAGGGACAUAAGAUCAUCGAUUUCGGAUAUUUCAGCCUCUUUAAAAUCCACAAUGACAGGAUCAGAAAUGACUUCCAAUCAAGACUUUGAAAAGUGGGAAUUCGGUAUUGGAUUAGAAGAUAGUGUCCGUGAAUUAUUGGAUGACCUAAAGUCAAAUUCCGAUAAACAAGUGGGAGAAUCGUCUCCAUUCGUACCUUCACCAGCGCCAACACCUGUGGACGAUCGUUCUUCGUCACCUUCUUAUUCGCAAUUCAAGACUUCUGAAGAAAGAGCAGCGCAUUUGAAAGAACAAGCAAAAAAGAGAAUGAAGGAAAAAUUAGCCAAGUUCGAUAAGAACAGAAGGAGUACAACUCAGCGUUCUAGGUCUACUGUACAUGAAAGUUCUCAAGGGCAUCCACAACAGAUUGCAAGUGUUUCCGAUUCAGUUCAAGCUAGUAAAACUCCAUUCAAAGAAGAAGAGAAUAUAGAAUCCACUCAACCAACUCAACCUGCUCAACCUGCUCAACCCUCUCACUUUUCUCAGCCUGCUCAAUUUUCUCAACCUGCUCAAUUUUCUCAACCUGCUCAGCCUGCUCAACCUGCUCAGCCUGCUCAACCUGCUCAGCCUGCUCAGCCUGCUCAGCCUGCUCAGCCUGCUCGUAAUGUAAAGCAAGAAUCAGAUGAUGACGAUGAAGAUGAAGAAGAGAGACGUUUACACGAAGAACUGAAACGAUUAAAGCUUAAGAAAAAAACUGAGAAAGAGAAAAGACUAGCAGCUUUACGUAAGCAAAUUGAGGAUGCUCAGAAUGAAAGCGAUGAAGAAAAGGAAAGUUCGAAAUCCAACCCUAGUGGCCCUUCAAAUAUUCCGCAAGUCGCACAAGUUUCAUCACAAGAACAGCAGCCAGGUAAUGGUUCUACCACGGGCAAUGCUGCCGGUUCCUCUGCGGUCAAUAUAACUACUACGGGUUUGUCUUCUACGCCUAAGGGACAUAAUCCAUACUUUAAGGAUACCUCAGCUAGCUCUACAUCUACCUUCGAUGCUCAGGCUGCAGAAAUGCAAAGAAGAAUUCAAAGAGGGUUGGAUGAGGAUGAGGAUGACGGAUGGUCUGAUGAUGACAUUAACGGAGCCGCGAAGGCUAACAUCGGACAAGCAAGCGCUCUUCCAUCCAACCAAACACAAUCUGCUUCUGUUGCACCUACUCCACCAAUGCCAACAGCCGCUCCUAUUUUAGCUACUCCACCAAUUCCACAAACUUCCUCUAUUCCAUCUGCUGCUCCUAUCGCACAAGUACUUUCUGCUCCCCCAACCAGGCCACUUGAAGCAAAUGGCUAUAAUGAAACUGGCAGCUCCAUUCCGGUAGCUCCUAUCUUACCUGGUGCUGUUCAAGAGCCACCUAUCCCAUUGGCCCCUCCCUUACCCAGUGUCAAUGAACCCCAAGGACCAUCAAUUCCAUUAGCUCCGCCAUUACCUAAUGGUGUACAAAAAUUGAACGCAUCUACCCCGGCACUGGCCGGAAGUGUUUUACCUCCUCCUCCUUCCUUGCCAGCCCAACAAAUUUCCCGUUCUGAACCUACUAUCGAUAUUAAUAAUAGAGAUGACCUUGGAGGGAAUAUGGGUGCAUAUGGUCCCGAUUCCGAUGAUGAUGUUUUAUCAAUCCCUGAAUCGGUCGGCUCAGACGACGAAGAAAAGGAUGCCCCACCAAUUCCAACUGCAAGCAUUCCACCAAUUCCAGCCUCAGGUAUCCCACCACCUCCACCUUUACCGUGA